ACUGACAAAAAAAGAGAUUAUUCAAAGCAUUUUUACUUAUUAAAUAUUGUUUUAUUUUGUAAUAUCGAGAAGAUUUUCAGGGUGCUAUCAUCCUGCGCCCUAGUAAUUAAAAUAAUAUAGAAAAUAUUAAGAAAAAGUGUAAAAAAAGAAUUUGCAAACACGUGGAUAAUUUCUUUACAAAAUAAAAAAUAGUAAAUAUUAAGUUUUUUUUGGCUAUUAAGUUGUUAAUGUCACGUAAGAAGUGGAGCUCAUUGCAAAAGCCACCGUUAUCUAGGCCCGUAUUAGGCGUUGUUGAAAGUAUGGGUUUUGAAUUAAUGACACCUGUUCAGGCUUCUGCUGUACCGUUACUUAUGUCAUGCAAAGAUGUUUCUGCGGAGGCUGUGACUGGCUCAGAAAAACAUUAGCCUUUUAAGUGCCUUUAUUGGAAAUGAAGUCGCAGGCCUAAUUAGUCACUGUGGACUCCUAAAGAAAUUGGCGCUAUAAUUAUCUCACCCACAAGAGAAUUGGCUUUACAAAUCUCGGAGGUAUUGCAAGUCUUACAUUUAGCAUUUACGUCAAAAACUUAUAGUAGGUGGAGGCAGCAUAGAAGAGGAUAUAAAAUCUAUACAGAACAAGGGGCCAACCAUCACAACCAAUCAGCAUCUUUACUAAAAAGGUUUAAAUUGGUGGGAUCGU